AGCAGGCUGCCUCAUCUUCAACCACAUCACGUCUAGUCCAAAACCCCAGCUAUUACUACUCUCUGUAUGCAAGUGUGUUGUAAAAGUUGUAAGAGCUUUAAGUAUCAUUCUAAGGGUAUCUUCAUACUGUUAAGAACUGUAACACGCGGUGAUAUGAAAACACGAUCGGACAUAAUCUGUUAAAAGAAAAUGGUGAUUUAUUGUAUGUUCAAGGAGAAAAUUUAAAACGUUUUAUCAAUUUUUAUGUCGCGUAUGUUUCAUAAACCGCUUGUUACAGAUUUCGGAUAAAAAAUAAUAAUUCUGAAUCAAUUACUCUCAUAUAGAUACUGAAAUGUAGUGAGCGGUCAGGGAAUCGUGAAAUAUAUUUUUCCUCGAAAGCCCAAAGAAUCAGUUAUAGGUAAUUACGACAAUAAUUCUGUCUAAUUUCACCUCGAUUUCUUAAGAAUAGCAAGACUUGUAGCUUUCGGAAUAAUGAAUAUCAUGGUAGUUCGUAAACAUUUUCAGGACGUAAUUGCAUAUUUCUUAUACUAUAUUAUGUACUUAUACUAUGUAACAAAUAGUUAUAAAACAACUGUCUAUUUUGAUAAUACCACAUACCGCACAAAAUAAAAAUCCCCAAAAUUAUAUUAGUGCCAUUGCUCUCGAGGAAACUAUUUAUGUACAAGGAAAAGACUGCAUUCUAUAUUUCUGCAUCUAUAAGACAGUGACCUAAUAAGCCAUAUAUAUAUAAAACAAUAUAUACAUAUAUAUAUAUUAUAUAUAUAUGUAUAUAUAUAUAUACACACACACACAUAUUACUUCAUACAGAAGGAGCGCUGGAAUACUUGUCCUCCUCUGUUAUUUCGAUGAAUUUUAAAUGUUUGUAGAUCACAUAUAAACACGUAAUAUAUUAAAGAAUUACACCGAAGCAACUAUCGUAAUUAGAAAAUUAUCAGACAACCGGUUGCAUGGACGUGUUUAAAGGAACUGCUUUUUAUUUAUCGUGAACUAAGGAACGGACAUUUUAUACCAAAAUAAUCGCGCAAUGUAUAAGUACAUGUACGCAAAGUUAGUAGGUGUUAUAAAAUUAAGGAACUUUGUAACUUUAAUUGAUAAUGAACUCUAUCGAUCAGUCACGUAUAUCGUUAUACUAUCUUUAUUUUGUUUAAUCAUAAGAAAAUCAUGUCUCAUUCGGCUCUCUAGCAUUUUUUAUUCAUUCAAAGAAAAGAAUUUCAUGUCGAUAGUUCAUUUGCAAGUAUUUCUUAACAUCUUGUUUCAAAGUUCCAGGAAUGACUAUUAGUAGACUCGAUCGAUAGUGAGAAAGAAUUCACGAAGAUGAAGAGCGUUAUAAAUAUAAUAAAAAGUCACAAGGUAAAAGAAAGAAAAAAUGAAAUAAAGAAGAAAUGGCCAUAACAAGAACAGCAAAAAAAUACACUAACAAUGGCCAUAAAUAUUAUUUAACAGUAAUGACGAUGUUGCUGAAGACAAUGAUUGCGAUGAUAAUUAUAAUUACUCAUUACAAAAUGUUAUCAGGCUGAAGGUGUGGCGAAAGACUGAGAUUACGACAGUGACUGUAAUGAUAAAACUGGUCAUGAUAGAGACGAUCACAAUAAUGAUGAUAAGUUAUAAUGGGAUGUUGUUAAUGUUGUUGAUACUUGAGGAAUCGUUGUUGAUGUUUGUUUCCCUGUGAACUACCCCCUGCGAGCUGUUCAUUCGUUGUAACUUCAUUGCUCUGCACGACCUUCCGAAUGGGCGCAUACGUACCAAAUAGUUUCUACCAAAGAAAUUACAAUGCAGUACGAUGAUUGCACAGUCGUACACGUGUGUACAAGAAUGUAACGUUGACACUUGACAUAUAUGUACGCAGUAGGAAGAUCAAAAUAUGUCUUACAUGUAAAGAUCAUAAUGUACAGUCUCAUUCUUCAGCGUGUAGAAAUCUUUUUCUUUUCUAAGUACCACCGAUCAGUUGAAAUAUUUCUAGAUAAUCAGAAAGACUCGCUAAGCCAAAGCAACGUUACGCUACCUCAAUACUGAGACAAGGUGGUACGCUCCUGUUUCUUUAUAUAAAUGUUUUAAUAACUGGUCCUAUAAUUUUUAAUCGUCGGCUAAUUCCUUUCGGGGGAUGUUAAGUCCGAAUUUCUUGUUGAUAUUGUGUUGAAAGAUAACUCGUCGUAGUAAAAACGUUUGCACAUGCAAAUUAUAUUAUUUAGUUAUUAAAGAAAACUGAUUAUCGGAAUAUAGAAAAAAACAACGAUUAAUAAUUCGGAACUGCACACGCGUUUAGUUAUUUUAGUUACACUGAACAAUCUCCAAAAUACUAGUAGAAAAGUUUAUUUGAGGUAAAACAUUUCUACAAUAGUAUUACAAUGUAUACCCUUUUUUAAUCCUAAUGUAAUGCUACACGAUUGUACAGAACUAAUUUGUACAAAUGAAUAGAUAUACAAAACUGAGUCACUUUGUGAAACAGAAUGGCCGUCUCUCCCUUUCGGAAGUGUCUGCAGUAUGUGUAAAUGACUGAACUUAUUUUUAAUGUACGCUAGUUAAUAGUGUCAAUGGACAUUCCAAGGAAAAGAAAUAAAAGCAAACCUUCCAAAAAGCAGCCACAUUCAUAAUCGCAUAUAUGUAAAUCAUGACUCGAUAUGUAGCAGCUUUGCCGCCUUCUAUGUAUUUAACUAUAAAUAUAUACAUAGAUACGAAAAAAUUUCGCCUGAAUCCAGCCUCCGACUGCUCGGUAUCGAAUAGAGCUUGAAUAAGCAAAACUAAUAGCAUCUACUAUAUACGUAAUGUUUUUACCAAAAAAUAAUGAACAACUGCUUAAACUUAGGAUUUGUUUUGCUUUCGAAUUUCUUCUAUUCGGUACAAAUUUAUGCCCAUAAAAGGAUAUGUAUUAUACCCUUUUAGAGUGUACAUGCUGAUGAAGAAGCAAAACAAUGAAUAUUAAAUAUUGUCUUCAGCAAUGCUGAGCAAACUGUUUUGUUUAAAUGUAACAGCUUUAUGUGUUGUAUAACAAAUUAUCAAUACCUAAAGAAAGACACUUAUAAUAUUUAAGUUUCUUUAUUAUCAGUUUACACAUAUCAUAAGAUUGUAAAAAGUAUAGAGGAAAUGAAAUUACAUUAAACGAAAUAUUGUUCUUCUGUAUAAUUCAUUUUUGGUUCUUAGACGAAAUAUACAUGCUAAUACAUGGUAAAAACAUGCACGUAAAACAUAUGUAAUAUUGUGAUGUAACAGUCUGUAUUAUGUGUUAUUUCACAAUGUAUCUUUUCUUUCGUACACUCUUUUUGUAUGCUCAAUUCGGCCGAACUGCCGGAAGAACAAGUUUAACGUUAUUCUGGAUUUUUGUAUGACAUAUGUUUGUGUGUGUUAAUGCUAGUUAUUGUACAUAUGUUAGCGCGUGCGUACGUGUGUGAGUGUGUAUGUGUAUAUAUCUUUCCCUGUGUAUAUACGAAUUAUUUAUUAACAUCCCUGUAAUUUUUUUAACAUUUUAUUGCAAAGCCCAAUGCAGGUAAAUAUACUACAAUCCUAAUAAUAACAAAUGUUAAAUCGCUAUUAAAUAUCCAAUUACUUUACUUCUGAAUGAAUAUUAUAGUAAAUUUUGUUGGAAUAUAUCUAUAUGAUGGAAUUUUUAGAUUAGAUUGCUGCAGUAAUUUGGAAAGAAUAAUAUUGGGUUGACAAUUAAGUGAUUGCCGAUUUUGUCAAUACCACCUAAUGACAAAAUCCGCAAUCACUUAGUUGCCAACCCAGUAGUAAAUAUGCAACAAAUAUUUCAAAUAAAUUUAUUCAGGAGCAAAGGAAAUCGAUCAAAGUAAAAAAUUGUGUGUGCAACAAGUGCAUGGGUUGGGCCCAUUUUAAAUGAAAAGAAAAUAUUUGGUUUAUGUAACAUUUUUGUCAGAAGCAUCAACUACAAGAUAAAUCAAAACCCAAGAGAUUUGUAGAUCAUUUAAAAAUGUUUGUCUUGUAUGCGAUGAUUCUGUACAAGUGCAUAAAUCAUCAAUAUGUAAUUAUACUGAUUUUUAUUUAUAUCUGACUAUUUUACCUGGACUCUCAGGUAAUUGUGCCAGCAUAAAAAUUUUCAAUUGUGCUAGUAAGCAGGUAAUCGUCAGAAAUAUUUCUAAAUGUGAAGUAGUAUAAAACUAUACAUACAUAUAUUUGUGUGUGUUUUAUAUAUAUGUAUGUAUAGUAUGGUACACAGUGCACAAAGAAAUAAAUUUUUUAAUUAUUAUCAGAAGAUGGUCGCUAAAAUGAUUAGUUAAACUUUAUAUUGUUCUUAUAAAUCAGUUUUUUAUGAAAUUUGUACUUAUUCGUUUAUCAUGGAAUUUUUAUUUACUUAAGUUAUAUAUUCUAUAUUCAGAAUAAUUUUAUACUUGAAAAGUAUAAAGGAAUAUUGUUUCUAGCAUUUGCAAAUCACUUUACAUGAUUAUUUAUUUCUUUAAGAUAUUUUUAAUUUUUUUGAAAAAUAAAUAGAAAACAAAUAUUAGACAUUAUGUUAUUUCAUUAUUGCAAAUAAUGAAACUUAAAAUGUUUGCUAGAAAUUUAAAUAUCAUUUCAAAUAUAAAUAUACAUAUAUAUACAUAAACGCACAUGUAUAUACGUGUGUAUAUAUACAUAUAUGUAUAAAACUGUGGCAAAUAUGGAAAUGAAGUGUGCGUGUGAAAAAAGUGAUGGACUAUUCAAAUAAUACCAUAUAUCUGAAUGAGUGCACUGUGCGAUUAAUGCAUAAACCAUUUGCCCUUUUUUUCUUUUUAAAAGUUUUAAAUAUCAUGUACUACUUCACGUUUCUUAUAUCAAAUGUAAAAUAGUGUGUUUCCUGUUAACAUAAAGCAACUUUUUAGCUGUGAUGUUAACAAUAGAGAAUUCAUAUGGAGAUGCAAAACAAGAGGGGAAUUAGUAUAAUAGAAAUGAAUUUCGUGUUAUAUUUAUUAUAAUGACAAUUCAGUAUUAUGAUAUGUACCAAUGUUUGCAGACUAAGAAUUCUACUACCAGUUAAUGUCAUUGCUAACAGAAUGUGACAAGAAACUAUAAAACAGCACACAUUUAAAAAGAAUCACAACGAGGCACAAAUUUUGACAGGGACAGUGGAUAACUUUCUGUGCCCACAGUACACUUGGAGUCUUAAGCAACCAAGAAUUGGAUCUGAGAUUUCAUAAUACAAGUAUACGCGCGUGUGAAAAGUACUAAAAAAAAAUCAUGGAAAAUGGGGACGAUAACAGAGCAUAGUUAUCGCAUAAAUAAUUAUAAUGAUAAUAUUAUUAUUGCUACCAUUACUGCUGCUAGUGCUACUACUAUAAUUAUUACUAUUACUACAACUACCAUUACUGCUACCACUAUCAUAACUAUUACUACAACUACAGCUACUACCAUUACCAAUAUAAAUUGUCCUUGUAAUUUUUAUAUGCUAAGUGUAUACUUUAAUAGGAUAAAUGAAAAAGUAUGGGAAAUGAGUCACAGUAAAUGUAACAUAACAGCCCUACUUGUAUAAGGGGGCAGAAACUAUGUUAACUGAACUAUGAAUUAUAAAUAUUGUAUAAGACGAUAAAUAAUAAUUAUUAUUAUCAUUAUUAUAAUUAUUAUCAAUUGAAUUAGCAAAUUGUAAUCUACCCAUCAACAACCAUUUUGGAAUAAGGGAGAUUUAAGUCUGUAAUUCGUGUAUAACAAAAAUCAAGCUGUACAAUGUUGUUGUUAUUACUGUUGUUUUUUUACUAUCCUUAAUCUCAUUCUUUAGAAAGCAAAUGUUUUUUGAAAAAGGAUAAAAAUUGAAUACAAAUUUAUUUAUUAUAUAUUUUAUUAAAACUCAUUAUACAAUACAAAAUAUUUCUUAUAUUACUCCGGAAAUGUUCGAAGUGUUCUUGACCUAUCGUAACAUGUAAAAUAUAACCUUAAAAUGUAAAAUAUGUUGUUAUUUUUAAGAGUAUUGUGUUUUAUAUUACUUUUGAUUAAUUUUACACAAAAUAUCGUUACAAAUGAAUUUUGUGAUAUACCAGAUGAACAUGGAGAAACUAACAAUAAAUGCAGCGUUCAAUCACGUUACUCGCAAAAUCGGUCUGAGCUUACUUCUUUAUUUUAUAUACUCUACGAUGUUAAUCCUCCGGAAGGAUUUAACUUAAGAAGGGACGUUUUUAUUCGUGUUGCAGUUUUUAUAAAAAAUUUAAUCAAGCAAGAAAAAGAUUUUAAAUGGCAAUUAGUUUUGCCACCAUGGGGUGAUUUGUAUCAUUGGCGUAGUAAACACAUAGGAUAUCAAACACAAUUGCCUUGGAGUCUGUUUUUUGACAUUUCAAGUUUACAAAAAUAUAUACCAGUUAUUGAAAUAUGUCAGUUUUUACAAGAAUAUCCUUCGGAAAAUAAUGAAACACAUCUUGAUGUUGUAUAUAUUUUACAAAACGACGAAGAAAUGUUCAGGACAGGUAAAUUUGAAGAUAAAAAUGAAAUAAUAGAAUGUGAUGAUAAAUCAUUACAAUUUCAUAAAGUAGAAUCAGAAAAAUAUAUUGGAUAUUUUUGGGGAUAUCAUAAUAUAACUUCUAAAGUUGUUAAGUGUAUUAAAUUUCAUGGUAUGACAUCUGAUCUUAAACAAAAUCUGAAACCUAAUGUUUAUAGGUCUAUAAUGUUUGAUCACAUGGAGAUUGCAUUACAUGACUUUUAUGGUACAAAAGAAUAUUGGAAAGCUAGACGUAGUAUGCGAUAUAAUUCUGAACUAUAUAAUAUUGCUAAUGAAUAUAGAAAAACUUUCCUUAAUUCAACAAAUGAGCAUGAUAAGACUGAACGACCAGAUGACUGGACUAAAGAAAAAGGUAUAAGGAAUGCAGUUGGAGGACCUUAUUUAUCAGUCCAUUUAAGAAGACGCGAUUUUUUAAUUGGUCGCCCUUCAACAGUGCCAACAAUACAGUCUGCUGCUUCUCAGUUAAAAAAUAAAUUAGAUGAACUCCAAUUAAAAUCUUUGUUUGUUGCAACAGAUGCAACACAAGAAGAAUUCAGUGAACUCAAACAGUACCUAUCUAAUUAUACAGUUCUUAGAUUUAUUUCAUCAGAUUACGUAUUAAGUAAAUUUAAAGACGGCGGAGUUGCAAUUAUUGACCAAAUAAUUAGUUCCCACGCUAGAUAUUUUAUAGGAACAUAUGAAUCGACAUACACAUUUAGAAUACAAGAAGAUAGGGAAAUCAUUGGUUUUCCUACUAGAACAACAUUUAAUUAUUUAUGUAAAGGUACUGAGAAAUGUGACUCUAAUGGACAAUGGGAAAUUGUUUGGUAAUGUAUAAAAAUAUAUAAUGGUUUUUCUUAACUUAUCGCUGGUUUACCAAUUAAUUCUUGUUCCCGACGAAGUUCUUGCUCUCGUUGUUGCUCUCUAUUUAAGGCCUCCUUCUGUAUUAUCUGCUGCAACCUUGACGCUCGUUUCUACACAAAUAUAAUGUGUACAUUACAUAAAUAAUAGUAAAUUAGAAAUAUAUAUGUAUAGUACAUAAAUAUUAUAA